AUGCCCAGGCAGCAGAUCCCUCUGCUGAGCAUCCCCCGCUGCCAGAACCUGCCCUCAGAGGAGGCCCGCGCCUCCGCCCCGCAGCCGCCGGGCCCGGCAGGGAUGGAGCCCGGCAGGUCGGUGCCGGCCGAGCUGAAGCUCCGCAAGCCCUCGCAGCGGGCCAGGAUCCCGGCGCCCUUCCUCGCACACUCGGACGGGGCGCCCGGGCCGGCGGGGGCCCCCAGGCCGGACCCCGCGGAGGUGGACGCGGAAUCGCUGGUGCCCACGCACGAUGAGCGGGGCCGGCUCAUCCCCGAGUGGAAGCGGCAGGUGAUGGUGCGGCGGCUGCGGGCCCGGCUGGCGGACGAGGAGCCGGCGGGAGGGCAGGUACGAGGGGCACGGGGAGCACAGGGGGAGCGGGAUGCCGGCUCCUGGAGCUUCUCGCCGUCCCACCAAGGCGUGCUGGGCCCGUUCGGGGAGCUGCUGACCGAGACAGACCUGUAUCAGUUGGAGAGGGCAGUGGAGAGCCUGCGGCUGCGGCGGCGAGGCGAGGUGUACCAGAGCGAGCUGCGGCGCCUGGUGCGGGAGCUGCGCGCCCUCCUGCCCGCCCCGCUGCUCAACAUCUCCGUCCGCAGCCCCCCGCCCGCUCCGGGCCAGCCCCUGCCCGUCUGGUGCGGCCGCCUGGCCGUCGCCGUCAACAGCCUGGCCGCGCUGCUGGGCAACAUGGAGGGGCUGCCGGCUCCCCGCGCCGCCGCGGCCAUGCCCGCCGCUCCCUGCGCUCUCCCUGCGGCCGCCGGGCAUCCCCGGGAGCCGGGGGGCAGCCUGGCACAGCGGGAGAUCCGGCAGUGCGGAGUUUGCGUCCGCAGCCUGCGCGGCGCCUUCGAGCCCGCCUGGGGGGCGGCGGGCAGGGCUCCGGCCGGGCCCCGCGAGGCGGAGGCCGCCAGCGACUCGGGCAUCAGCUGCGAGGAGGCGUUUUCCGACGGCGGCUCCCCGCGGCAGGGGAAGCGGCAGGGGCCGGAGUGGGGCAGCUUGAGGAAGGAACGGAUCGUGAUGCUCUUCCUGAGCCACUGGAGACGCUCCGCGUACGCGCCCUUACGGCCCGCCGGGGCCGGGGACCCUCGGGAGACGGCGGGGAGCGGGGCCGGGGCUGCGGCCCGCCUGGCCCGGCAGCGAGCGGCCAUCCAGAAGCUGCUGAACGGCUGGAGGGACGCCGCCUCCCGCCGGCCGCCGCCGCCGCCCCCCGCCCGCACCCUGCUCUCCCCGGAGCAGUUCGUGUCGGCGGCGGGCGGCGGCCCGGCCGAGUACGAGAGCCUGUCGCUGGAGCUGUUCAUGCUGGGCUAUUUCCGCAUCCUGGAGCAGGACCUGUCCCCCGAGGAGCGCCGAGGCCGCCACCUGCUCUGUUUCGAGGUGUUCGAGCAGCUGGGCCGGCACGGCUGGCGGGCGGUGCGCGCCUUCCACCGCGCCGUCAUCGACGAGAUCGCAGCCGGGCGGCGCGGCUGGCGCGACGGCUUCGACGACAUCAAGGCUCGGUACUUCGGGACUCCGCACGGCCCGGGCCAGCUGCCGGGGCUGCCCGGCGACGAGGGGGACGAGAUUUGUCGCUACAUCGAUCGCAGCUUCGCCUUUUGGAAGGAGAAGGAGGCCGAGAUCUUCAGCCUGGAGGAGUGA